UGCGCCGCCGGCUCCCCGCUCCGCGCUCCGGCUCCCCAGAGCCAGUCCGCGCCGGCGAGCAGCAGGAUGUUCGCGGCGCCGCGCCCCGGGCGCUGAGACCGAGCCCGCGAGACCGUGGCAUUCCUUUCUUUUAGGGCUUUUUGGCUGUUGGCUACACUGAUGUGACGACCCCCACCCCCCCUUUUUUUUUUUUUUUUGGAACGAUGGGGAUCUUUUUGGCGUAUGUUGGAUUUGUUUUCUUUUCCGUUUUAUAUGUACAGCAAGGGCUUUCUUCUCAAGCAAAAUUUACCGAGUUUCCGCGGAACGUGACGGCAACCGAGGGGCAGAAUGUGGAGAUGUCCUGCGCUUUCCAGAGCGGCUCCGCCUCGGUGUACCUGGAGAUCCAGUGGUGGUUCCUGCGGGGGCCGGAGGACCUGGACCCCGGGGCCGAAGUGGCCGGGGCACAGACGGAGCUGCUGCCAUACCGGGACCCGGACGGCGACGGGACCAAGAUCAGCACAGUGAAAGUCCAAGGCAAUGACAUCUCUCACAAGCUUCAGAUUUCCAAAGUGAGGAAAAAGGAUGAAGGCUUAUAUGAAUGCAGGGUGACCGACGCCAAUUACGGAGAGCUUCAGGAACACAAAGCCCAGGCCUACCUAAAAGUCAAUGCCAACAGCCACGCUCGGAGGAUGCAGGCCUUCGAGGCCUCGCCCAUGUGGCUGCAGGACGUGAAGCCUCGCAAGAACGUCUCGGCGGCUGCUCCCGGCAGCAUGCACAGCUCUGCCAACCAGCGAGUGCUCUCCACUUCCAGCCCUCAAGCGGUAGCCAAAAUCCCCAAACAAAGUCCACAAUCAGCAAAGAGCAAAUCGCCUGUAAAAUCUACGGAGCGGACAGCAAAGUUGACCCUAAACUCCAAGCACCACUCUGCACCCACUGUACUCUAAUUACCUACACAAGGAGCACCUGCUUUCGGAAACAAACGAAGAG